AAUAAUGUCACGGUGUCAGAAAUUAGUCCGUAGGUUUUUUUUUCGUGAGCGUCGCGAAUCAGAUGAUGAUGAUAAUAAUAACGCAUCGCCGCGAAGUAAACACGCGUGUUGUGACUGCUAGGGAAGAGCACAGCGGCAGAAGCGUCUGCUGUGCUGCCACUGUGGAUUUGGUGUGCGCGCGCUCUCACCACCGUGGUUCCACGACCAUCAUCUCAACGCCACCAUGGAGGGUAAACACUCAGGGAAACAAAACGUCACCGUGAGCAGUACCGGGACGACCGAAUACGAUGACUACGGCAUGGCCACGGGGGGCCAAAUGGACGACCCGGAAGAGCAGGAGAGCUGUCGAGCGGGGCACCUGGACCCGGAGCCUACUUUGAGCCAGCGUGCGGGCCGGUGGUUGGGCUGGUGGAGCGGCUGGUGGGUCACCUGGUGGCUCGGGUGGGCGCUGGGCUACGUGGAGUUAGGGCUCAUGGUGGGCUGGUUCACGGGCGAGCUGGGCAUGCAGGCUGGCACGUGCUUCGGAAGGCUCAUCCCGGCCGAUAUGAUGGUGUGGUGGCUUGGCCUGUGGGUGAGCGCGGCGGCCGGAGAGCUGGCGGGCUCCGUGCUGCCGCCGUGGGCCGCAAGGAGCGUGGUGGCGACGCUGGGCAUCUUCGUGGUGGGCUCGGUGAUUGCGCUGCUGCAGCGGGCGUUGGGGCACGCCGGGCAGCUCAUCCGCGACACCGUGCGGAAAUACGUGCGACACUCGGAGGUGGAGCUGGUGGUGGACGUGAUGUUCGGCCUCGUGGUGGGCGUCGCAGUGUUCUUGUUUUCUGUCACGGUGAUCGUCUUCGACAUGCUCUACGAGUACGUGGGGCUGAGCUGGCCGGCACUGGGAGGCGCCUCUCUCGGGUUCUUCUUCGGCUCUGUCUGCUUGGCUUUUUACCGGACGCUCGUCAGUCCCCCGUGCAGCCAAACCAAGCAGUGACCCACUGGGCCCCCAUCAGGCCAUGAUACACUAGAGAAGCAAUUCCCAAACUUUACUUGCUUGCAUACUAACAUUGAAAAAAAUAUAUAACUGGAUGCACCACCAAAAAGCAUUUUCACAAUACCCACUCAAGAAUGUACACUGAACUUAAAGAAUGCAGUAUUCAUAAAGCCAAUGGUUACAAUAUUUGUUGCAGUAUACAAAUAUACCGUUAAAAUAUAUAUACAAUUAUAAAUAAUGCAUACAUUAAGCAUGUAUAUGCGCACAUGCAAUUACUGCUUACCCGACUACAUUUGGACACAUAAAAUCAUAUAUUCAUACACAGCUUCCUGUGUAUGUACACAUGCAUCCUCUGAUGCUUACAUACAAUACAUAUGUACAAUACUAACUAUAUGGCGUGCCAAUGUAAAACAUUAUGGUACACAUACCGCAGUUUAAGUUUAAGAACCACUGCAUUGAGGCAAUGUUAGGGCACUUGUCACUGACAACACAUUCACUAUGAGCUACUGAUGCAACUUGUAUGUCAGUGGAAUAGCAUGACAGAUCUCCGUCUAAAAAAACGAAAAAAUAUAUUUUGUAGAAACUACUACCGUGAGGACUGCUGGCGAUGAUUACCCUGCAAUUGCCCUUAUGUAUCAUGGCCUUUAAUCGUUAAUUUCUGAACAAGCCAGGAAAAAACUAACGAUAGCUAUUGACGUACCGUGAUGGUGAUUUUUCAAAUGAACAUCUAAAUAUUACCUGAUGACACGUUGUGCUGUAUUUUGUGUUGCUAACAAUAAUUAUUUUUAAAUAGAGCAAAUGCAACAUUAGACUUGUUUUUCUUUAGAUCAUUUUAACUUGAUAUGCCGCAAUGGAAUUUUGAUCAACAAAUGUCAAUGUUAAAUAUGCCCCCUAUUAUGGAAUGAUCAUGAAAGUAUAGAUUUACUGUAUAUGUGUUUCAACUACUGUAGUAUAUUCGGGCUAUGAACACGUUUGGAUACAGUAUUCACUUUGGAGCAGUCCGUAUAUGUUCUUGCUGCUGCGUGGCCACGUGGUGGGCAGCAGAGUCCAAGUACGGUACAGCGAAAUCCAUUGUUGUAGUAUACUAUGCUCCCAUAUCUAUAGAUUUUGCCUUCAUCCCACACUCUCCAUCUUCGUGCAAUUAUGGUGAAAUAGCUGCCAUGACCCACAUGGCAUACCAAGGCCCUCAUGCAGCAGUGGAUUUGACAAUAAGAGCUAUACAGUGUAUUUGUACAUGUGUUUUGUACAGAUACAAAAGCACCCAUUUUGUUCUCUUCGUGUGUCUAAAAUCCAGGAUUCAUGUGGCAGAAUAUUCGUGCAUGCGCCACUACCAAAAUAAACCAAAUUACUUCCGUCACAAGCUUCAAUUCAUUAAAGCCGACUCGAGCUAGCUUAUUUUUUAUAUAUUGUUUUGUUGGUUAAAAAAUAGAUGUUACCUUUUAAGUACUGUGUUGGUAUUAAAUGGGAACAACGAUUCAUAACAGUGGAUUCGUUUAUUUUGGGGCUUUAUUAACAUUUAGAUUUAAAACGUGUUGUGUUGUUUAAGCAAGUUCUGCACCCGCAGUAAUUAUGUAGUCACUGCAAGAACACCAAUGAAGUGUGUAUCAUGACGCGUAGAGUACUUGUUUGCAAUGGUUGAUGUGUAGAAUAUUCGUUUGCAUUGGUGUCGUUCAAUAAAUAUGGUGUUUCAGAAUGUAUGAGGCAUAA